AUGACAUCAACUUAUAAAGGACUUUCAUCUCAAAAAUCAUUAGAAAUAAAAACAAAAUCAAUUGAAACAACACUUGUACCACUUGUUACACAAAUUUCAACAUUAGUUAAUUUUAAAGAAAAACCUCGAUCAUCAUUAACAACAAAUGAAAAAACUCUUAAUGCUAUUAAUCGUGUUGGCGAAGCUGUACAUAUGGCAGUUGAACGUUUUGUUUCUGUUGGAGAAUCAAUUGGUAACGAAAAUCCUGAAAUAAAAUCCGAUUUAAUUGAUGCAUGUCGUGAAGCACGUACAUCUGGUGAAGCAAUUAAACGAAUAACUUGUGUAGAAUAUGAUAAUUUUGGUAAACCAGUUUGUGUAACUGAUCGACAUAGUAUGGUACAAGCAGCUCGAGGUUUAUUAAGUGCCGUCACACGUGUUUUACUUCUUGCUGAUAUGGUUGUUGUUAAACAAAUUAUCUCUACUAAAAAAAAAGUGAUAUCAACAUUAAAUCGUGUUGAAGGUGUAGCAUCAUUUUCUGAAUUUGUCAAAUUAUUUGGAGUUUAUGGUACUCAAAUGGUUGAUUUAGCACAUCUAACUGGAGAUCGACAAAACGAUCUCAAAGAUGAACGUCGUCGUUCCCAACUUUCAGCAUCACGAACAAUCUUAGAAAAAUCAACAAUGCUCAUCUUAACAUCAUCUAAAGCCUAUCUUCGUCAUAAUGAAUGUCUCCAUGCUCGUAAAUGUCGUGAUCUUGUUUAUGGUCAAGUUCGUCGUGCUCUUGAUAUGGUACAAUUAAUUGUAUAUGAUUCUGGUUCAACAACAUUAAAUACUACUCCAACACUAACACUUCUUCUAGCUAAAAAUGAAAUUAAUUUCGUUAAAUCUUUACGACAAUUUGAAUAUGCAGUAGAAAUGUUAAAUGCUUCAUCAACAUCGACAACAAAAGAACAACUUGAACAAUUAUGUAAUGCAACUAUUGAUAAUAGUCAAGAUUUUACUGAUUCAGUUUAUAUAAGUAUUGAACAACGAGAAAAAGUUCUUCAAUAUCAUAAAAAAUUACAAGAUCAAUUAGCGGAAAUUAUCAAAAUUAUAUCUGAAAAACAAAAUGAAACACUUGUAACAGCGAUUCAAACAAUUCAACAAAUUGCACGAGAAUUUCGACAACAACUUGAACAAAUGGCAAUGCUUCGUGCAUCAGAAUUUUUUCGAACACAUGAUGAAAGUGUUUUACUUAAUGAAUUAAAAACUUGUUCAUCAUCAGGUAGAAAUGAUUUACUCCAAGGAUCAACUGAUCGAUUUCGAGAACAAUCAGAAAUUGCUAUUGAGUUAAGUAAACUGUUAAGACAUAUUAGUUCAUGUGAUCAAUUACAAGUAUCAAGCGAAUAUCAUGAUAUGGUGUUUCUCAAUUUAUCACAUAUGGUAUGUUAA